UGCUGCUGAUUCACAGUGCAGACUAUUGUAACACUGCACAGCCUAGAAAGAGAGGAGGACUGUGCAGGGACUUCAGACCUUUUUUUGCUGGUCACACUCAUCUUGCACAUAGUUUCACAUCUGCCUGUUUAGAUCUAGCCUUCAUCUUUUCUCAAAUCAGGACUGGAUUUGGAGUACAGUAGAGGAAGUUUCCACCUGGCCUCCAACAAACUCACUGGCAUUUGGUUUUUACGAUGGGCUGUACUACAGGGCACCUGGCAUGCCAGCCCCAGCCUUCUUCAAGCAACAACCAAGAGGGACAGACUCAGGAGGGGGCAGCUAAAGUACCAGAGGUCCUAUCAUCUUUGGAGAAGCUUUCUCAGGCAACAGGGGGCAUGGAGAAAUCUUGGUAUCGCUGCAUCUUCCCCUUUGGAAUCAUCUCACUGGUGAUUGGUAUAGCUGGCACAAGCGUGACCUACACAUACAAUGAUCUCCCUCAGACCAAGGUGGUGUCAGUGGUCUUGCUGAUUGUCGGGUUGGUCCUGGUGGUAAUGGCUGCUGCCUGUUGGACAGCACAUAAGAAGAAACGCAGGAAAAAGAAAGAGGGAGGUCCAUUUACCACUGAACAGUGUCCCCUGUGACUAAGGGGAGAGACUAGUAGAAUGAAGAUUUGAUUGACAACACGUGGAGUUGUUAUACCACCUUGCUUUUUGUUUAGCAUUUUGUUUUGCCAAACGUCUGCCCAUGUGUUCACUCAGGAAGCAGCAGUGUGAACAUGCAAAUAGGACAGCUGGCCAGUGUGUUCAGGAUACCCCCAGGGAGCAAAGGAACCUACUGGACAAAUAUAAGCGUUCACACACAUGGUUUACCACCACUCAGCAAGUGUCUGGUGUCAAAACAACUCCAGAGCCACAUAUACAUUUAAGACUCUAAACGCUUGGGCCGUAACACCAAGCCUCUGCUGAAGUCAGUGCUGCCGUCAACACAGCCGUCAGUCCCCUGCAUUCCUGCCCUUGGGGCCAAAUGGCUACCCAAGGCUAGCAAAGAAGUGAUCCGGUGAGGGCAACCAGACACCGCGACGAAAAGCAGAAGUGCAAAUCCGUAAUCGGCGCACGUCAUUCUCCUGUCCUGUGACACUACAGCAAUGUGUGAGCUUUUUUAUGCAACGGGAGAGUGGAACCUGAGUCGAGCCUCAGCUAGUCACUACUGGUGAGAGAAGGCAUGAGCAGGAAACAUUGCUUGUGUUUGUGCGUGCAGGCAGAAAUACGGAGAACUGCAAGCAUGGUGCAUGGAAUUCUACUUCAUUCUCUGUCCCGGUUUUCUGAUAUCAGGCUGGGUGUAGUGGAUGCUUGGAAAGCAGUGACCAUUUUCCUUGAAGUCAAGCUUCUUUCUGAUUUCAGUUCCUGUCUUCGAUCAAUACAGCUGAUCUGGCUAGGCAAGUAGAUUGAUUACCUGUAGCAUGUGUGUUGAGUUAGAGUUGGAACUGAAUUCUAUAGGAAGGUGUGCUCCUCUGUGCACCAAAAGCGGUUAAGUUGAGGAUUUUUAAUACUAUAAACAUUUAUAAACCUCUGGUUUCUUCGCUGUAGGUGUGCGCCUCUAAUCACUCUCAGGCCCUUGCACAGCAGCAUUUAAGGAAUAUAUAAGUAAAAAUAACAAACCAAAGCCCA